GGUUUAUUGGCCCAAAAAACGAAAGUAAACUGAAAAAGAAACCCUCCAAAAACCCUCGUCUCCUCUGCGGCCCAGCUCAUCUGGUCAUCCCUACUCCUCCAUCAUCUCGUUGUUCUCCCGGCCUGCUCUUCCCCAUCGGGACGCAUUCGUCCCCGAGGGAUGGGAUCGUCCGUCGGCCACGCCGCCGCCCCUCCGCCACCGCCGCCUCCGGUCGGUUUGGCGGUGGCUCUUCCACCCAAGGUGGAGGAGAAAAGUGAGAAGAAGGUCGACUAUCUGAACCUCCCUUGCCCCGUUCCCUUUGAGGAAAACCAGCGGGAAGCUUUAAUGUCUUUGAAACCAGAGCUCUUUGAAGGAUUGCGAUUUGACUUCACAAAGGGACUUAAUCAGAAGUUUUCACUCAGUCACAGUGUGUUUAUGGGAUCCAUGGAAGUUCCUUCUCCAUCUUCAGGCACUAUCAAAGUCCCGACUGCACAUUAUGAGUUUGGUGCUAAUUUUCUGGAUCCAAAGUUGAUGCUUAUCGGGAGGGUAUUGACUGAUGGAAGAUUGAAUGCACGGGUCAAAUAUGAUUUAACUGAUAAUUUAACUCUGAAGAUUACUGCCCAGAUCACAAAUGAGCCGCAUUUUUCUCAAGGCAUGUUUAACUUUGAUUACAAGGGUAAAGAUUUCAGGGCUCAGUAUCAAAUGGGGAACAAUGCCUUUUAUGGGGCCAAUUAUAUCCAGAGUGUCACGCCACAUUUAUCUUUGGGAAGCGAAGUUUUCUGGCUUGGUCAUCAGAGGAAGUCUGGCAUAGGUUUUGCUGCUCGUUACAACACAGACAAGAUGGUUGCAACAGCACAAGUGGCAAGUGCUGGAAUAGUUGCGCUGAGCUAUGUCCAGAAAGUUUCUGAGAAGGUUUCCCUUGCCUCUGAUUUCAUGUACAAUCACAUGACCAGAGAUGUAACUUCAAGUUUUGGUUAUGAUUAUAUCCUUCGGCAGUGUCGUUUAAGGGGAAAACUCGAUUCCAAUGGCUGUGUGGCUGCUUUCCUAGAAGAACGAUUAAAUAUGGGUGUCAAUUUCAUUCUUUCUGCAGAGAUUGAUCAUCGGAAGAAAGACUACAAAUUUGGGUUUGGAGUGACAGUUGGAGAGUGAACUUUGUUAUUGCCUUUUCUUAUAGAAGAAGGGGUUAUUGGUUUUCUUGACUCUAUUUAGCUGGUCAAGCUCUGGGUGACAUCCAUGUCAAAUUGAGGUCCAGUGAGAAAAAGAGACCCUCUGUAUUUUCUCGAGUUCGUGUUAUUGAUUUUUCUUUUGGCGGCCAUGUGACAAUGUGGCACUUGAAGGCCAUGAUUUUUGGUUUGAGUAAAAUGAAGUCACAUAUUCAUGCUCAUUCAAGUAAUUGUCUGUGAAUAUCCUGAAAUAAGGUUGUACAGAAGCAUCACAUGUUUGCUGCACUGGUUUAAUGUUCUGUUUGAUGCAUUUUAAUUGCUGAUCAGGUAUCACUACCCUGCUGCUUU